GCCGCCGUACGUAGAGCAGACGAGUCCAACGGGUCCGCCCGCGCUGGCCUGCCGUGCAUGAAAGGCGAGCGGAUAAACUGACCGCCGGCGUGCCCCGAGCCACAUGCUGACGGCGAUGGAAUCGCAAGCGUCCUCGCCAGGUAACGGGCGCGGGCGACGUCGUGUCCACUGUGCCACUGCCGCGACGUGAGCCGUGGGCCCGUGGGAGUGUCGGACACAUCCGCGCCGUGCUGAACUUCAACGCACACGGACGCGAACUCGUCGACACGGCAGCGAUCGUCGCUGACGCUGGCUCAUAUCAAAGUUGACAUUGCCAUUGCUGCCCAUCCCAAAAAGGAAUUGCUUUUGGUCGUGAUGCCGCACAACACAACUGCACAAGAAUCUCUGAUGCGAGUAGCACAGCACCAAGCGUCCUUAAGAUCGAUCGAUCGAUCGAUCGAUCUGUAUCCAAAGCAAUGAAGCAUGCAACCGCGGUUCAGAAGCUUCCAGAGAGCUAAGUUAAGCCCGUAUAAAGCGAAUCAAAAUCGCCGCCCAGUUUGCAUGUCCUAGCUACUAGCCUAGCAGCUAGCACUGUUGUGUCUAAGCUCAAGCACAGUCUCAAGGCUCCAACUAUGCACCUGCUCAUCAGCGGCCUCGUCGCGGCCGCACUCUUCCUCCACGUCGACGCCGCGCGGGGCACGUUCGUGUACGCAGGGUGCUCGCCGUCCAGGUACGCGCCCAACACGGCCUUCGAGAGCAACCUCAACUCCCUCCUGUCCUCCAUGGCUCCCACCGCGUCCUCCGGCGCCACCUACAGCACCUUCACCGCCCCUGGCGCCGGCCUGGCGGAGGCCGAGUCCCCCGCCGCCUACGGCCUGUACCAGUGCCGCGGCGGCCUGCGCCCCGGCGAGUGCGUGGCGUGCGUGCGCGACACGGUGGCGCGGAUCGGCGCGGUGUGCGCCGGCGCGGCCGCGGCGUCGCUGCAGUCGGACGGGUGCUACGUGCGCUACGGCGGCGCCUCCGCGGCGUACCACAGCUGCGGCGCCGGCACCAGCGGGGACCCCUGGUUCCUGAGGUCCCGCGACGCCGUCCUGUCGGAGCUGCAGGGCGUGGACGCCACCGCGGCCUCGGGCUCGGGCUCGGGCGGGUACAAGGUGAGCGCCUCGGGCCCCGUGCGGGGCGCCGCGCAGUGCCUCGGCGGCAUCGCGGCGGGCGACUGCGCCGCGUGCCUGGCGCAGGCGGCGGCGCAGCUCCGCGGCACGUGCGGCGCCGCGCUCGCCGCCGACGUGUACCUGGUGCAGUGCUCCGUGAGGUACUGGACCGACGGCGCCAACCAGCUCCGGUCGUCGCAAGAUAAUCCGGAGGAUGACGCUGGGAGGACACUGGCAAUAGCAAUUGGUAUCUCGGCCGGGGUAGCAGCACUCGUAGUGUUCAUCUCUUUCCUCAGAAAAGCAUGCUCAAGCUAGCUACCCCCACAAGGCAGAGAUGAAGAAGGGCUCGCACCGACCGCGCGCAGCAGUCGCUAACAAUUUUUAUCGUCUUCGUGAAAAGCACGACGGCCGUCGAGCUCGUACCGUAACUACAGCUAUCGUCACAUUGAUUUUGCCGGGGAUAGAGAAUUAGAGAUUCACUACCUGCUUGGGCUCUUUAAGCUGUCCGAGCAGCGGUGUCUGUUUAUCAGUCUUUUAAACUUAUAGUGUUGUGCCGUCUUAGUUCCUAAACUCUUAGGUCCCGUUUUUUUCUUUUCAUUUUGAGGAAUUGAAAUCUUACUAGUGGAAUAGGCUAUUUUUUUAGAAUGUGGCAUUCCACCACUUUCCAAAGUUAUCAUAUAAGUUUAUCUCAAA